CGCGCGCGUGUGAGACUUCCAAGGCUGUGUGUGACGAUGUCAGUGUGCGAGACUUCACAACAGAGUCGCUUGGUGCAGAUGUCAGCUAGCAUGCCUGCGGGUGUCGCUGCGCUUGUGGCCGAGUCUGCAUGUGGCUGUGCGGGUGUGCGAUUCCGUGUGCAUGUGGCUGUGCGGGUGUGCGAUUCCGUGUGCGUGUGUCAGUGUGCGGUGUGGGGGCAGAGGCUGGGUCAAGCGUUUGUGCGGUGAGACGGCCCGUGAGCACACCGGGGCGACUGUGGUUUGGGAAGGUCUCUGCGAGAUAUGAGAUCGCGUCUGCCAGCGUGAGAGUGCCUGGCUGGGUUUGUGUGUGCUCAGGUGUGACUUCAGCCGUGGCCGAGUAAGGAUGGGACUUGCACUCCACGUGUGUCCUAUGUCCUGACUGUUAGACUGGGGAGGGGUGGAGCUGGGUUUGCAUCUUGGGGACCCAUUUCUGUAGGUAGCUGAUGACACUGACCUUUCUACUCAGUGGCCUGCGUGGACAGACCCAUCCCAACACACUUCCCUUCCCCUUCUUUUAGUGCUCCUUUGUCACUGGCCCCUUGGUCCUUAUUUUCUGUUUCCCUGCCUGACUCAGUUUUCUAUGUCUUUUUCUCUCCCUAUUACUUUCUUCCUAGAGCUCACACUCUGUAUCUCUUCACAGUUUCGUCUCCCCAGGGAUCUCUGCUAAGAGCCCCUUGGAAGAAGAGGCUUAAACCCUGAUGAGCAGCAGCUGCUCAGGGCUGAGCAGGGUCCUGGUGGCCGUGGCUGCAGCCCUGGUGUCUGCCUCCUCUCCCUGCCCCCAGGCCUGGGGCCCCCCAGGGGUCCAGUAUGGGCAGCCUGGCAGGGCCCUGACGCUGUGUUGCCCUGGAGUGACUUCUGGGGCCCCGGUGUCCUGGUUUCGGGACGGGGAGACAAGGCUGCUCCAGGGACCUGAUUCUGGGCUAGGGCCCCAGCUGGUCCUGGCCCGGGCAGAAAGCACUGACGAGGGCACCUAUAUCUGCCGGACCCUGGACGGUGCACUUGGGGGCAUGGUGACCCUGCGGCUAGGCUACCCUCCGGCCCGCCCUGUUGUUUCCUGCCGAGCUGCCGACUAUGAGAACUUCUCCUGCAUCUGGAGUCCCAGCCAGGCUAGCGGUUUACCCACCCGCUACCUCACCUCCUACAGGAAGAAGACUGUGGCGGGAGCUGAUGGCCAAAGGAUGAGUCCAUCCACAGGGCCCUGGCCAUGCUCACAGGACCCCCCUGGGGCGGCCCGCUGUGUAGUCCACGGGGCAGAGUUCUGGAGCCAGUAUCGGAUCAAUGUGACGGAAGUGAACCCCCUGGGGGCCAGCACCCGCCUGCUGGAUGUGAGCUUGCAGAGCAUCUUGCGCCCUGACCCGCCCCAGGGGCUGCGGGUCGAGUCGGUGCCUGGCUAUCCUCGCCGCCUGCGUGCUAGCUGGAUGUACCCUGCCUCCUGGCCCCGCCAGCCCCACUUCCUGCUUAAGUUCCGGCUGCAGUACCGCCCAGCACAGCAUCCAGCCUGGUCUACGGUGGAGCCAGCUGGAUUGGAGGAGGUGAUCACCGAUGCCGUGGCUGGGCUGCCCCAUGUCGUGCGGGUCAGUGCCCGGGAUUUUCUGGACGCUGGCACCUGGAGCUCCUGGAGCCCCGAGGCCUGGGGGACUCCAAGCACCGAGCCCCUACCGAAGGAGAUACCAGUUGGGGACCAGCAGCACACACAGACAGAGGAAGAACCUCAGGCGGACAGCCCCGCUCCCCCAGGGCCGUCCCUUCUACCUGACCCUCGGCCACUUGACCAUAGAGACCCCCUGGAGCAGGUGGCUGUGCUGGCAUCUUUGGGAAUCUUCUCUUUCCUGGGACUGGUGGCUGGGGCCCUGGCAUUGGGGCUCUGGCUAAGGUUGAGACCAGAUGAGAAGGAUGGACCCCAAAAAUCUGGGCUCUUGGCCCCAAUGAUUUCAGUGGACAAGCUUCCAGGAUGCUGGGGCUCCUAGAUGGGACUCCUUCAUUUUCAGGGAGUCCCAAACCUGUAGAGGACCUUGGAGGCCUUCAGCUGAUUCCACCUAUAAUGCUGGUGUGGAUGGAUGGACAGAUGGAACCCAGGCAGGACAGCAGAUCCCCAUGGAGGCGGGUUCUCAGCUGGAAGUUCUGUUUGGACCCAUUUCUAUGAGACUCUGUGUUCCCAACUUGCCAGCUGAAAGGUGCCUGGACCUCUGACUUUAUCCCAGAGCUGGAGGUCUACCUGCAGAAUGUGUGUAGAUGUGUAUGUCUGUGUGUCUCCAAGUGUAUGUGAGGCAGGGGACAUGUGUUCUCUGCAUGUAUGUAUAUAGGUACCUGGUGAGUGUGUGUGGGUCUUAUGCUCUUGGCUUUGCCCCUGGCGGGAGUUGUGAGGGUGUGAAUAAAGAGAAUGAGGAGGUUCUGUCUGUU